AUGUCGAACUGGAAUCAGAACGCAUCUGAAUAUUCUGAUGAAGAUGAAUACAGUGAUGAUUCAGAAUACGAUGAAGUUGAGUUAGCAGCUUGGGGUGAUCAGACCGUUACAAAGGAUGGCACAACCAACAUCAACGUGAGCGCACAAGGUUGGGAAUCGCUCAUCGAUCCUUCUGUUAAAAUAAAACCAGGCGGCAUUGGUAGUGGUCAGCUUCACCGCAAAGGUAAAAACUUUAUUCCUGUUGACGAGCAAGAAAUUAUCAACAGACGUUUGGGUCUUCCAGUACCUGGUAGCUCAGGGAAGAAGAAGAAGAAGGGAAAAGGCAAAUCAAAGUCUGCGCCAAACACUACACCAAGAUCUACUCCUGGGCCCUUUUCUUCUAGAGGACCCCCUUCAAGGGCUUCGCAAUCACCCAGACUUGUUCCACCCUCAUCCUCUGCAUAUCGUGUUAGACAACCUCCAGCUUCUGGUCCCUGGGCUUCCGGUCAACUAGCGGAAACACCUUUCUGGCAAGCUCCUGCCGCAAAUGCCUCUACAGGCACUUAUGCAUCCAAAUACGCAAGUCCUCCACCACCGGUAAACAGUGCACCAGUAUCUACUAUGCAACCUACUGCAAAUCACAAUCAAUGGUCUGCCUUUGAUACUCGUACAACAUCCGCUCAAGGACAGUAUCAACCAGCUCAGCCGCAACAACCAGCUCAACCUCAACAACCAGCUCAGCCUCAAUACCAACCUCAACUUCAGACUCAAUAUCAACCUGCUCCACAACCUCAAACUUCAACUGGAUUUAUUAGAACAUCUGCUGGAUCUGCAGCUUCUAAAUGGGCUACUCCUACGGCCACUCAAGAAGUUCGUCGUCCCCCCGUACAAUCUUUACAACAGCCACUUCAACCUCAACAAUACCAACAGCCUCCAGCUCAGCAACAACAUCAACCGGUUACAGUUCAUCAUAGAUUGGAUACACCAUGCAUAAAUUUCAAUAUCGAAUUGACACCUGGUGUUACAGCUAAAUUAGCUGUCUAUGAAAAUGACAAUGCUAUGGAAGUUGUUAAUAGCUUUGAAAGGGAUCAUCAUUUGAAUAUGUCUGAAGAUGCUAAGCAAAAGUUUGCUGCCAAAGUGGAAGGCUUAUUACAACAAUAUAGAAGACACUAG